AUGUUCACUCUGCCUAUUGUCACUCUGACACUGGCUGCCCUCGGUCUCGCCAGCCCCAUUGAUAUCAAGCCCCGCCACCAUGAGGACAUCAAGCCUCGGCAUCAUGAACAGGUCCAACCUAGGUCUCACAUGGCCCCAUGCUUCGAAAAACUGAUGCACGAAUCAGCCGUUGACGCAAGAUCUACGAUUUCCAAGAUGAUUCCCGGCGUUGGUAAUGACUGGGGAUGCACUGAUGUACCUGCCCCAAGGCCCCUUGACUGCCCAGCCCUCUUCGCAAAGAUGCAAUCCGGGCAACAGGAAGGAGUCACCAUGUCGGCCGAUAAAAGUUGUUACACACAGAUCCACAACUCGUGCAAGGCCCUCGUCUGCGCAUCAGGUGGCGUUGACAAGGUUGAUGUUUCCUUGGCAACUGCACGUAUGAUGAACCCUAUUCAAACCACGUGCAUUGUCAAUGGAAAAAGUGGUUUCUGGUGGAAUGAGAAUCGCUCAGUAUUCGUUUCCCUCAUGCAUGACGACUAG